GGAUCCGGCCGCCGCGGGUAGUCGGCUUCGGGGCGCUGCUGGGCGCGAGGUCGGGAUCGGGGCCCCCGGGCGCGCCCCGCGGGCGGCGGCGGCAUAGCGGCCAUGGCGGAGGCGGCGCCGCAGCCCCUGGCGCUGCCCUCGGGGCUGCUGGAGCUGUGCGUGCUGCUGGGGGCCCCCCGGGACAGCCUCCGCGGCCCCGAGCUGGUCGCCCAGAAAGGCGGGGUCCCGAGUCCUGCCCUGGAGCCCGAGGUGCUGUCGGUCUUCGCGCCGCCCUUCGUCAGCAAGGAGGACGGACAGACGGCCAGCGCCGGCGCCGGCGGGACCCUCGGCAAAGCCAAGCGGCGCUCCUUCCGGAAGAAGAGGGAGCGGCCCCGGGCGGACCCCGGCAAGGGCCCCGCGGGGCCCCGGGAGCCGGACCCCGAGGACGUCAGUGUCCCGGACGGCGUGGACCUGCUGGCCCUGCCCCAGCUGUGCUUCCCAGGGGGCCUGUGUGUGGCCUCGGAGCCGAAGGAGGACAGCGUCCACUUCCUGGUGCUGACGGACGUGUGCGGGAACCGGACGUACGGCGCCGUGGCCCAGUACUACCGGCCGCUGCACGACGAGCACUGCUUCUACAGCGGCAAGCCCCACUGGGAGGCGUCCGGGCUGAGCGUGGGCGGUGGCGGCUUCGUGCCCUUCGCCGUGUGCGUGAUCUCACGGUUCCCCUACUACAACGCCCUCAGGGACUGCCUGUCCUGUUUGCUGAUGCAUCUGAAGCUCUGCAAGGAUUUCGAAGUUGAGAAUCACAUCAAAGACUUUGCUGCGAAGCUCUCUCUGAUCCCCAGCCCCCCGCCGGGGCCGCUGCACUUGGUGUUCACCAUGAAGCCGCUGCAGGUGGUGUUCCCCUCGCGCGCCGACCCCGAGAGCCCGGUCAUCGACCUGGACCUGCACCUGCCGCUGCUGUGCUUCCAGCCCGAGAAGGUGCUGCAGAUCCUGACGUGCCUGCUGACGGAGCAGCGGCUGGUCUUCUUCUCGGCGAGCUGGGCGCUGCUGCCGCUGGUGGCCGAGUGCUUCCUGGCCUACCUGCACCCGCUGCGCUGGCAGCACACGCUGGUGCCCAUCCUGCCGGGGCAGAUGCUGGACUUCCUCAUGGCGCCCACCGCCUUCCUCAUGGGCUGCCACCUCCGCCACUUCGAGGAAGUCAGCAAGGAAGCGGAGGGUCUGGUUCUGAUCAACAUCGACAGCGGGAGCGUCACCUGCUCAGGCUGCGAGGUCCCCGACCUGCCCCUGCUGGCGGCACAGACCUUCGUCCAGAGGGUCCAGAGCCUCCAGCUGCACUAUGACCUGGACCUCGCCCACCUGGGUGCCAGCACCGACGUGAACGAGGGCCGUGCCCGCCGGUGGGCCUGGCAGCAGAGGCUCAACGGGCAGAUCCAGCAGCUCGCCCUGCAGCUGCUUGUCAGCAUAUUCAGGGAGGUGAGGAACCACCUCAACUACGAGCACCGCGUGUUCAACAGCGAGGAGUUCCUCAAGAGCCGCGCCCCCGGCGACCAGCGCUUCUACCGGCAGGUCCUGGACACCUACAUGUUUCACUCCUUCCUUAAAGCCCGGCUCAGCCGGAGGAUGGACGCCUUUGCUGAGAUGGAGCUCAGCACGCAGCCGGAGGAGGACAGAGCGAACGGGAUCCUGAGCCCUCGGAGACUGACCGUCGAGAAGAAGGCGCCUCACAGGCCGUCACCCGGGCACGCGGCCCGCCGGCGCAUGGUGGUCAGCAUGCCCAACCUGCAGGACAUCGCCAGCCCCGAGCCACCGCCCCGGAACGCCUCGCUGCGCAAGGCGGAGGCGGAGGACUGCGGCUGCCCCGGCCCAGCUCCGGACCCGAGCCCCAGGCCCACGUACACGUUCAGGAUCCCCGAGGUGCACUUCCCCCGCGUGCGGCAGUGCGUGCAGGCCUACUACGCGGACUGCGCGGCCCUGCUGACCAGGGCCCUGGGCUGCGUGGCCCCCGAGCAGGCGGCGCUGCGCGCGCGCUACCUGUACCUGCGCGGGCUGGUGCGCCUGGCGCAGGGCCAGCGGCUGGACGCGCUGCUGGACUUCCAGAGCCUCUACAGGACGGACCUGAGCGUGUUCCCCGCCGAGCUGGUGCGCGCCGCCGUGCAGGCGCUGCCCGGCCCCGAGCGCGCCCAGGCCGAGCGCACGCCCGCGCUGCGCGUGCUGGUCAGCCGCCUGCUGGACCGGCCGGGCGAGGCCCCCAAGGCCGACGACCGCGUGAAGCACUUCGAGCUGCCCAGCCGGCACCUGCCGCUGGCCGACUUCGUGCAGCGCGUGCAGGAGUCCGGCAUCGUGACGGACGCCGGCCUCAUCGGGCGCCUGUUCGAGGCCCUCACCGUCGGGCAGCAGAAGCUGAUCGACCCCGAGACCUUCCGGGAGUUCUACACGUGCUGGAAGGAGACGGAGGCGCGGGCGCAGGAGGUGAGCCUGCCGGCGGCCGUGGCCGAGCGCCUGGACCGCAACGAGUGCGUGUACAAGCUGUCGGGCGCCGUGAAGACCAGCCGCGGCGUGGGCAAGAUCGCCAUGACCCAGAAGCGGCUGCUCCUGCUCACCGAGGGCCGGCCCGGCUUCGUGGAGAUCGCCACCUUCCGCAACAUCCAGGAGGUCCGGAGCACCACUGCGGCCUUCCUGCUGCUCCGCAUCCCCACGCUGAAGAUCAAGUUGGUGGCCAAGAAGGACGUCUUCGAGGCGAACCUGAAGGCCGAGUGCGACCUGUGGCACCUGAUGGUGAAGGAGAUGUGGGCGGGGAAGCUGCUGGCGGACGAGCACAAGGACCCGCAGUACGUGCAGCAGGCGCUGACGCACGCCCUGCUGAUGGACGCCGUGGUGGGCGCGCUGCAGACGCCCGAGGCCAUCUACGCCGCCUCCAAGCUGUCCUACUUCGACAAGAUGCUGAGUGAGAUGCCCUUGGCUGUUCCCAAGACGACGACGGAGAUGCUGAGGCACAAGAUCAACCCCUCGGCGGGGGAGACCUUCCCGCAGGCCGUGGACGUGCUGCUGUACACGCCAGGGCAGCUGGACCCGGCGGAGCGGGCGGGGGACGCGCACCCCAAGCUGUGGUGCGCGCUGCAGGCCGGCCGAGUGGUGGUGUUCGACGCCUCGUCCUGGAGCCGGCACCAGCACUGCGUCCGCGUGGGCUCCUCCACGCUGAACUGCAUGGCGAUGGCGGCGCAGGGCCAGGUGUGGGUGGGCUCCGAGGACUCGGUCAUCUACAUCAUCAGCGUGCACAGCAUGUCCUGCAACCGGCAGCUCACCGAGCACCGCGCCGGCGUCACCGGCUUCGUGGUGCAGGACGUCCCGGACGCGCCCAGCCAGGUGUACUCGUGCAGCGCGGACGGGGCGGUCCUGGUGUGGGACGUGAGCUCGCUGCAGGUGACCCGCCGGCUCCAGCUGCCGGGCAGCGGCCUCUCGUCCAUCCAGCUGCACGCCGGCUGCCUGUGGUGCUGCACCUGUGGCAGCAUCGUGGCCGUGAACGGCAGUGUCCGGCAGGAGCUUAAGAUCGACGAGACCGUCCAGGAGCGCAGCACCACCUUCGUGGCCUUCCAGCUGCUCCCCGAGCAGGAGCAGCUGUGGGCGGCGUGCGCGGGGUGCGAUGACCUGUUCGUGUGGGGCCUGAGGGACCUGGCCGGGCCGCCCGAGAGGGUGCACCUGCCGGACUGCACCCAGGUCACCUGCAUGAUCCGGGUGAAGAGGCAGGUGUGGGUGGGCGGCACCGGGCUGUCGCAGGGCAGGUCCCGGGGGAAGAUCUACGUGGUCGACGCCAGGAGCAGGGCCGUGGAGAAGGAGCUGGUGGCGCACGCGGACGCUGUGAGGACGCUGUGCUCGGCCGAGGACAGAUACGUGCUGAGCGGGUCCGGCCCGGAGGAGGGCAAGAUCGCCAUCUGGACCGUGGAGUGAGGGCCGUGCCCGCCGCGGGCUGCCCCUCCGGGCCCGGCUUCUCCCCGGGCUCCAAUGAGACUGCGGCUCCGGGCGGGCAGCGGGCUCCCCCGCGGCCAGAACGUCUGCCCGGACGCUGCCCCACCGCCGCCCCGAGCGCAGCUUGGACGGCGCCAGAGCCCACGCCGGCCCGGAGCCAGUCUCAGCCGAGCGGGCUGCACGCCUCUGCCGGCCCCAUUCACGCCCGAGCCCCGGGCACGCGGCCCGCCUCCAGGCUGGCCCCAGGGAGGACGCGGACAGGCUGAGGGCGGGCGGAGGCCAGCUGGAGGGCAGCUCUUCCUGGCGGACGCGGAGCCUUUGUACGAAGACGCCCCGGACUCCCGCCCACCGGAGGGCACCGGCCCGCUCCCCCGCCGGCCGCCCAGCGGGGGCGCCCGCCGUCACUGACCAGUGUUUGCGGAGAAGCGUUGGCACACGCCCCGUGGUGUGGCCGUCUCACUCCCGCAGGCAGGAGGAGCGGUCGGUGGUCGCCGGGCCCCGAGGUGUGGGUUUGGGCCUCGGAGGCCCGCGGCCUGCGCUCCCUGAGCGGUGGGAGGUGCGUGUCGGCCCCAGGCCAGGCCUCCGGAGGGCGCUGCAGGGCCUCUGGCUCGGUGCCGGGGCCAGCGUGGAGGAAGGUCCGCAGGGGCGGCGGCAUUUGGGGGUUUCCUGGGAGGCCCCCCAGUCUGCUCACCAGGGGCACGUGUUCCCAGCACCUAGGAUGGUUCAGCCAGCAGCGGGGUGUGUGUGUGAGAGUGUGUGUGUGUGUGAGACUGAGUGUGAGUAUGAGAGUGUGAGUGUGUUUUAUGUUCGUGCCCCUCUCUGCGCCUCUCAGAGCUCAGUGUCCUGGUCUAAAACCUGGUCUCCUCUCCAGCGUGGGAGAAGCCGAGUCAGGUGAUGGCGUGGAAACCUCCCGCCCAGCGUGGCUGGUGGCUCAGUGGUUAGAGCGCCAGCCCAAGCACCGAAGGGUCACAGGGUGAUUCCCAGUCCAGGGCAUGUUCCUGGGUCGUAGGUUCGGUCCCUGGGCCCCGUCAGGGUGGGUUCAGGAGGCAACUGAUGGAUGUUUCCCUCUCCCCCGCCCCUUCCCUCUCUGAAAAUCAGUGGGAAAAUGUCCUCAUAGGAGGAUGAGCAAAAACGGGAGAAAACCGCGCACACUGAGGGCAGGGAGCGGCCCCGGGCGGUCCGCAGCCACGUGUUCUCCCCGAGCCCUGCCUCCCGUUCAUGCUCGUCCCCGUGCGCCCACGGCGCCGUCCGAGCCGGGCCUCCUGGUCUGGCUCCGACGCCUGCGGGCGCGGGACGUCCCGAGGAAGCGGGGCCGGACUGUGGGGCGGCCGCCGGUGGCCAGCCCGGCCUCGGACCGAGGAGGGCCGGGCCUCCAGCACCGCGGCAGGGGCGGCUGUGGCUGUGAGCUGACCCUGCGGCCGCACACGGGGCCCGCGUGCUGAGUGCCGGGGGCUCCAUAGGCCUCAGGUGCCCGCAGUGGAGGAUGGAAACACCGGGCCGCCCGCCCUCUGCCGUGGGCCUGGUGAAACGGCGGCCGCUGUCUCCGCCCCAGCCUGCUCCUCGUCUGUCACUUCUAAGCCUCCGCCCCCCUCAGGCUCAGCCUCGGUGCUGGCCCAGCACGGCCCAGACAAUAUGAACCAUUUCUAAUAAAAAACCCAAACUCCAA